AUGCAAGUUUCCAUAAGUAGAAAUACCACCAGAAAUCUUUUCCUGCUUAUAAUCUUCCAGCAGAUGCCUCUGAUCUGUUCAAAGAGAGGAGGACUAACAGAAACACAAAAGCCAUUCUUCAAAAGACUGAGGAGGCUGAACCAGUAUUGUUAUUUGUCUGAACAUUAUUUCAAGAGAUUUCAACAGAGGACCCACACACACAACCAGAGAAUUGCUGAAAACAAUAACAUUCCCUACAGUUUAGACAAUCAAUUCCAGUUGAGCAGGCAGUUUGAGAGAAUCUCUAGUGAGGUCCGCUUGUUCAAAGCUACAACAGAGCACAACCUGAAUUCCCUUAAAUCCUGGACAAAGAAUCGACAUAAAAAGACCAAGAGGCUUGAUUCAAAGCUGACCAACAUGAUGAAAGCUCUAAGGGAGAACAACCAGCUCAACAUCAGGCCAAUCCAAAGGCAGAUCAGUGCUCUUAACCUGAGUCAUGAGAUCGGGAAACAGCAAAUUCACACUGGCUUUUUGGAAUCCCUGAGGAAUCAAGUUCAAGUUUGGAUGCAUGACUUUAAGGACUCUCUUAAACAGCCUAAUAAGACAAAUUAUGCCGUGUCCUUGAUGCUGCUUUUCCCAUCUGCUUCCAGUGAAAACUAAGUCACCUUCCAUAGGAGUUUCCUAUCUAGGAUUCAUGAAUCUAUAUGCGCUUGGCUGAAAGUAGAUGCAAAAUAUGUUGGAGUAAUUAUUUCCUUUGCAACAGAGAACAAUAUCCUCGUUUUCUAUGGCUGGAAUUCCAGGAUUCUAGGAACUAUGUACUUUGUGAAUGGGGAUCCAGCAUAUUGUGAACUGUCUGUGGAAAUAUCUACUGGAUCCAAGUUCUAGAAGAGUUAUGAGAUUCCUCCAGAGGGCUCUGUUUUCCUGGGGCAGGAGCAGGACUCUCUUGGAGGGAGCUUUGAUUAAGUUGAGGUUUUAGUGGACAGACUGGCUGGCUUUGCAAUGUGGACUCUGACCCAGCCUGGUGAGGUAUUUGGCUUGGCCACUGGCAGAGGGGUGCCAUGAGGAACAGUGCUCAGCCUGGAUAAUGUAGGCCAGUUGUUUGGCUCUGCGCAACAUGUAACCUAUGAGUGUCUGGAACACUGCUUGUAA